UCACAUAGACAAAUUUGCUAAGUUGGACUUGAAGUUACUGUGGCUAGUCUAACCUAGGGCAGAGUAGAACUAGUCUGGUCCAGCUCCACGCCUAGUCGCCUCCACCGUUUGCACCUCCCCUGCUCUGCUUUAUAUAACGACCGGCCGUGCGAUCGAUCCACCCCAUCCACGGCUUCCAUCCCAUUCCCGAAUCUCACUUCGCACUUUGAAAACAAAACGCCCCCAUCUCCCCCUUCUCCUCCAGGUGCUCCACGCCGGCCGCCGCCGCGCAUAGGUCAGCCCAUCGCCCGAUCCAUCGAUCCCGUUCCAGCGACAGCGACGGCGCUGCUGCAAGGUCGCGGUCGCAGGAUGGUGGUCGGUUUCCGCCGCACGAUCUCGUUCCCCGCGCCCAAGUCCGCGCCGGCGGCGGGGUCGAACGGGAAGUCCGCGGCCGGCUACCGCGUCCGCUCGGCGAGCCUUCCCUGCAGGUUCCACCCCCUGGUGCUCCAGCUCGACGAAGACGUCGCGGCGCUGCGCGAUCUGGCGGGGGGCCUGGCGUCGGCCGCGACGGCGCGCUCGAUCGCGGAGGCCGCGGAGCAGCUGGGGCGGGUGCUGGUGUCGCUCUCCGAGCUGCUCCACCACCCGCAGGCCCAGGAGCCGCUGCGGCGGCUCGGCCGCUCGCCGUUCGCGGAGCGGCUGCUCGACGACUUCCUCCGCCUGGCCGACGCGCACGGCAGCUUCCGCGACGUGCUGGUCGCGCUCACCGCGCUCCAGGCCGAGGCGCGCGCGGCGCUGCGGCGCGAGGACCCGGCGCGCCUGGCGUCCGCCGCGCGCGGGCUUCGUCGGUCCGGCCGCGACCUCCCGCGGAUCGCCUCCUCCGCCCGCGCCGUGGCCGGCAAGGCGCCGCCUCCCGCGCCCGCCGGCCUCCCGUCGGACGCGGCCGCUCUUGCCGCCGCCAUCGUCGACGCGGCGGCGGCCGUCGCGUCUGCCUCGGCCGCGGUCUUCUCUGGCGUGUCCGCCCUGUCCAUUGCCGCCGCCACGGCCCGCGUCGACGUCGUCAGCGCACCGUGCUGGAUGCCCUCUCCCGCAAGGUUCGCCUCCUCGUCGGCCGCGCCGAGAACCGGCCACCACAUCGUCACCACCAAGCCGUCGUCCAUGCGCAUAUGGUGGGUCGCUGACCUGAUGCGCUGGAUGUCGCGCGCGAAGCGCCGGUCGGCGAGCAAGCAGGAGGCCAACGACGGCUCCUCCGCCAAGCAGCCCCAGCCCGACGCGGCCCUGGUUGACCUAGACCCGGAGGAGGAGGACCGGAAGGCGGCGUUUGAGCGCAUGGACAACCUCGGACGGUGCAUUGCGGACGUGGAGAACAGCGGCGAGAGCGUCUUCCGGGCCCUGGUCAACACCAGAGUCUCCCUGCUCAACAUUCUCAGCCCAAGCUUCUGAAGAAUAGCAAUCCCCGGACGUUGGAGCCAUAAACAAUCUCGACUUAUGUGAUGAAAUUUGUAUAUAGAAAA